UUUGACAAGCAUGACACAUGACAUGUAUGAUACGCCGGCCGGCCUUAUUUGUUCAUUGCGAUUUGCCUGUGGAUUUGCGUUUAACGUGUUGAUCGAGUCAAGUACUUGUGCUUAUUACUCUCCACUUUAAAUGCAAUUAGGCCUUCAUUGUUAUUCGUAUUUUACGUCUUUUACGAUGUAAUACGAGUGCUGUGUGUGCAAAAGAUCGCGACAGGACGCUUUAUUAUAUCAUUUUUCUGGCAACUGGAAAAGACUUACUAUGUGGUUAAAGUGUAUAAACCGUGAUGAUUUGAAGGCAUUACCUAAAGAUCAGCUUUCGAAUCUUUUCGUGUGUCAAAAGCACUUCGAGACUCGUUUUAUUACGUCGGAAUCACGGCUCAAAAAAAUUGCUUAUCCAUCAUUGUUCACUGAAGUCAAAAUAUUGAGUGGAAUUAUUGUCACCUCCACCUAUUACAAAACAGUGUCUUAUGCAAUAAGUCAGCAAAAACGUUUAUCAACAUUAUAUAUAUAAAUUGUAUUUAAUAAAAUUUAUUUUUCAGAUGGCACUGUGAAAAUCAGAGGGGUGAAUUUAAAUAUUAUUUAUGACCCCUGUCAUUUGAUUAAGGGGUUGCGGAAGAACUUUAUAACUAAAAAUAUAUUAAUGGAUGGGAGAACUUCCAAAUGGAGUGAUAUUGUUGAUGUCUACAAAACAGACUGUAAUCAUGCUGAGGUCAGGCUAUUACAUAAAUUGAAUGACGAACAUGUUAUUCCAGAAAAGAUAAAGAAAAUGAAGGUGGGUUCUCCUUCAUUACUACAAAGAAAUAAUCUUGCAAAGCUAGUACAGUCAGCAUCAAAAGUACAAUCAUCUGAUGCUGACCAUAUCAUAUGUCUUACAUAAUAUCUGGGUGGUGGUCUUACUUAUUUUGUCUUGUCAACAUUUUAUUGAAAUUUGUAUUUUGUUAUAGGUAAAGAAUUGUGUAAAAGUAUUAAGCAGUACCAUGUCUGCUGCAUUAUCGUACACUGCAAAAUUUUCGCACUAUGCCGAUGGUAGACCCGUCAGUGAAACCCUGGACAACACCGCAAAGACCGUCUUAUUCUUAGACCAAUUAUUUGAUAGCAUAAACGGAGCCUCCAUGUUAGGGAAAAAAUCUAAAGGGAAGUGUCAACGAACGGCGGUCACAAAUAAUUCACCGCAUCAUGUAUUCUGGAAUGAAUCUAUAAAUAAAUUACAAAAAUGAAAUAUGUCGAUAAUACAGGAACAGAAAAGUCAGUGCCCUCAUUGGCAAAUUUUAUAACUACAUUAAAAAGUUAUCAGAGGCUGUGGCAGCUUUUUAAAAAAGAAAAUAUGAAGAUAAUGCGUCCGAGAUAUUUUAAUUCUGACACUAUUGAAAAUUUCUUUGGGCAAGUGCGAGCCUAUAAUUUUAGGAACAAUGACCCAGACUGCCACAGCUGCAGCUGCACAUAUAAAUCCUUACUAAUAACUAGAAUACUAAAAUUUCAUAAUGAAACGUUUAAUUGUGAGGAUGACCCGGCUGAUCAAGUACUUAAUUUGCAAACACACAUUGGCACUGACAUUUUCCAAUUAAGUAAUUGUUCUUUGCCUAUGACGCAAAAAAUGGCGUUGGAAAAAUAUAAUAAAAAAUUAAAAAAUAAAUCUUUUAAUAAAUAAUUCAUGUGUUUUAUUGUAGUUCCUUUAAUUAUGAAUAAAAAUUCCGAUUAAGUGGGAUACCUAGGUACCUAAAAUUUUAUGGAUGAAUAAAGUUGAGCCUUAGCCACUCUGACAAAAUUUUAAAAAGUAAGUAAAUGUCAUACAAGACUAGAAGUACUUGUGUAGACGCUAACUUUUUUUUGUACUAGAGUCGGUCGUCUGAUACGUAGUAUCUCUAACUAGUCUGUGGUGUAGUAUUCCAAUAAAUGUUCUAGCCCACUGUGAAUUCUGUGUUGUGAAAUUGUGAAUCGUAGAGAAACUUGAAGGGUACACUUUAGCAAGUAAUCUACCCCCUAACACCCUAGCCAGUGAGGUGUUUAUUUUAUUUUCGCUGUUUAGUGUUUGAUUGCUUUGUUCCGCAAUUUUCACUUUUGUUUUAUCCAUAGUUUAUUUUUGCGUAAACGUUAAAAAUUCAGCAGAAUGAAUGUAUUACCCGCACAACCUAUUGGUAUUCAAAGCACUGCAGGUGCUGUCCCUGUUCGGAAUGAAAAAGGUGAGAUAUCUAUGAAAAAGGUGAAAGUACAGAGAUACAUAUCGGGGAAAAAGCCAGAUUAUGCACAGGGUGUAUCAUCAUCAGAUGAGUCUGAUAAUGAAGAUUUCAUAGAGCAGCAAAGACCAGAACGUAGACAACAAGCAUUGCCACAGAUAAUUGCACAUAAAGAAGAGGAGCAAUCUGAUUCUGAAAAAGAGGUUGAUGAUCCUCGACUUCGUCGUCUACGUAUAGCGGCUCGUUCCCCACAACGUCGCGCUGAGCACAAACCAGAAAUCAUUGAUGCAGAACCAGAACCAGAGUCAGAGUCAAGUGCUAACGAAGCCAAAGAUAGUUCAGAGAGUGAAGAUGAACUCGACGAUGAUGAGAUUGAGAGGCGUCGACAAGCUCUUAAAGCAAAACUUGCUGCAAGAGAAGCUGAAAAAGAAGUACUUGGAAGAGAUGAUGAUGAGGAAAUGUUGGAUAAUGAGAAAGAAGAGAGUGGGUCAUCAGACACAGAAUACACAGAUAGUGAAGAAGACACAGGUCCAAGAGUUAAGCCAGUAUUUGUAAGAGCCUCAGAGAGGAUGACAGUAACUGAACGGGAACGCAAAAUGAAACAGCAGAAAAAGGAAGAAUCAGAAGCUAGAAAAGAGAAGGAAGAGCGGAGGAGGGAUGCUCUUAAACUCGUUGAAGAAACUAUUCGAUCAGAACAAAAGAGUGUGCAGGGAGAACAAAAAGAAGGUAAUAUUGAAGAUGUGUGCACAGAUGAUGAAAAUGAUGAACUGGAAUAUGAAGCAUGGAAAUUGAGGGAAAUGAGGAGAAUAAAACGCGAUAAAGAGGAGAGGGAGGCUAUGGAGAAGGAAUUGCUUGCGAUUGAACGUAUGCGCAAUAUGACUGAAGAAGAAAGGCGCGUUGAGCAACGGCUCAACCCGAAACAGGUUACUAACAAAGCUGUCAAAGGCAAAUACAAGUUCCUGCAAAAAUACUACCACAGAGGUGCCUUCUAUUUGGAUAAAGAAGAUGAAGUGUUCAAACAAGACUUCUCAGGGGCGACAUUGGAUGAUCACUUUGAUAAAACUGUGCUGCCUAAAGUGAUGCAAGUGAAGAAAUUUGGCCGCUCUGGUAGAACAAAGUAUACGCAUUUGGUGGAUCAAGACACAACAGAGUUCGAUUCCGCGUGGAGCAACGAAGGUGCCGCCGCUCGCCUCGCCAACUUCCGCGGCGGCAUGAAGCAAGUGUUCGACAGACCUACAGCUAAGAGGAAGCAUACUACAUGAAUUGGACCUUGAUUCGAAUGCCAUAAGACCGAAAUUCCAAUGUUAACUUCAAGAAGAGUAUUCAACUAAGCCCUUUUAUUUCCUUCAAAUGACGUGUGAUACUUACGACCUGUCAGAUAUAUAUAUAUAUAUAAACGAGCGAGCCUUACAGUAGUCGCGUAUGAUGUGUUAUAUUUGAAAUCCCACCUUUAUUAUUAUAAAAAGAAAUUAAACCUACUACAAAAGGAAUAAGCCAUUUGAACAUUAUGUUCUACAAUCAAAUCAAAUAGCGCGCGCUUUCGCGACUUCCUGUUACACACUUGCGUCCCAUUUCACGAAAUCACUCCCACAAAUUGCAGGAAAGUGAGAGGAAAGAUGUUACACAUCAAAAAUUGUAACAAUAAAAUAAUACUAAGUUUGUUAGCUCUUAUAUCCAUUUUAUGGAAUCCUGCCAGGAAGCAUACUUCCAAAUAAGCGACCUUGCGAAUUUCGCACUUAUUAUUGAUAUUCUUUAAAGUUCAAUGUAUCACCCUAAUAACACAAAUUUAUGGACUAAGUAUACGCAUUUAGUGGAUCAAGAGACUACAGAGUUCGAUUCCACGUGGCGCCGCCGCUCGCCUCGCCAACUUUCGCGGCGGCAUGAAGCAAGUGAAUUUGACCGUGAUUCGAAUGCUAUAAGACCAAAAUUCCAACGCCACAAUACCCAAUUUUUAGCAGAGUAUACGUUUUGUUGUGUCAAUAAGGCCGUUUCGUAUCGCUACAAGACCCAAAUUUGAAUACUUAACAGGACCCAAGCAGAUACAAAAAAAACAUAUUUUUUGACUCUUCUUGUUAGUAAAAAAAUAAGGUCUUUUUGCGCAUAUAACAAUAAGUCGUAAAAUUUUACGAGCUUGCAUUUCGAACUGUCAUAAGUCUGACGCACGUUUUAAGACCUUAUAAAGUAACUAUUAAAGGUUACUUUUACUGUUUAAAUAAUGCCUUAUAUUGUUUUUGACCAUGCGAUCAUCUUACGGAGCUUCGUGGAUCGUCCAAUGUACCUUUUGGCCACGUUUCGGCCACGAUUUUGUUUGUGUUGUUGUAUCUAGGGUAUUUAAUAUCGUGGGGGAAACCAAAUAAACCAAGCUUACGAAGUUGCACCCACUAUUCAAUAAGUCAUCUGCACAGUCACAUGUUAGUUUUCGUUUCAUUUUCUAUCUCUUAUUUGCUGACACCGACUUUUGGUAAUUCGCAAAGACAAAGCUUUACAAUGUUUAUAAGAAAACUAGUCAAUUUUGAAAAUGUGUGUGUAAUGUUUUUGACUGGGUUAUGAUUGGAACGGUACCACUCAUAGCUGAAUAGUUUUUAUUUAAACACUCCUGUAUUGCGACCUUUAUUUCAGAAAAUCAUUAUUGCUUGAAAUUUUUUCCAUGUCUAAAAUUGUGCUUAGUUAAAAUGUUUCACAUAUUUCCUUAAUUUACUGUUUUGAUUGUGAAAUAAUGGGUGUAUUGUAUACUUUGUUAUUUGUGAAUUUUGUGAGAGAUGAAAUUUACUAAUGAAUUCAUCGGUUGAUCUGGUUGCAAAUACAGAAAUGACGAGGUUUGCUGAUGUAAAUAUAUUUUAAGGGUAGGUAGUGAUAAUAAUUUGUCUAAUAAAAGACUUUGUAUUUUAACUUUACUUUUUGGUUUAAUUUUCAAAACAAGUCUCCUGCCCAUGGGCGUAGUUAGAGAUUUUUCUUAGGUUUUUUUUUAGUUGUAUAAAAUUUUAAUUCUAAACUAGGCCAGUUUAAAUCUUUCGUCUAUAUUUUCUUUCUGACCACCCCCUCUAGCUACACCCAUAAACCCGUCGUAGAUUUGCGAACCGAUGGCGCCAUGCUUUUGCUUUAAAGCAUUUGUGAAUGUCGAAUAUUGCUUGUACCGGCCUGGACUGAUUCAAUAUCGUUUAGAUAUUGAAUUUGAUAAACCAUCAGCAUCUAUUCCAGGGAUGGGCAAACUUUUUCCUUAUCGUGCUAAAAUUUACUAUCAGAAUCAAUGGCGGGCCAAGUUUUUUUCUCAGGCCACUUACGAUUUACAGAUAAGCAAAAACUAAAUCAAAAAAUAUGGCUCCGCAACAAACUCCCACAGCCGCAGCUCAGCAGCAGGGUAAAUACGCCCCUCAGUUUGCUGCGAAGUAAAUUUUACCUUAAAAUAGGUACCAGGUUCGGCAGUGGGGUGGGCCUUGUCGGAAUAUGACAAAAUGGUAGGUACUUUUUGGUGAGUGCAUUUUAACUAUUCGAAGACCGAAGUAGGCCCGCGGGCCGUAGUUUAUCCAUUCCUGCUCUACUCAUAUCAGUAAGCAAUAUCCAUUGCAAAAUAGUUUUCCAGUAAUGAAAGUCUCUGAACUAAGAUGCGGCAGACGGAUAGACGGAAGACCAUGGCGAAAGUAUAAGGGUUCCUUAUUGACUAGGGAACCCUAAUAAUUUGGUUGUGGCCCGGAUUUUAAUCAUUCGAGGGCCUGUAUAGCCCUCGGGCUGUAGUUUGCCUAUUGAUUUACGCCGUAAUCCUGAAGUUUUAAUGAAACGAUGGCUGGUAACGCUCUUUACGUCACGUAAAGGUCAUGUUAUUUAGGAAAAAAAAUAAUCCUUAUGAUUAACCCUUUCGACGGUUAUCAUAUAAUACAUUCUCGUGUGUGGUCCCGGGUGCUGAAUGCAGUUCUACUUAUUAUUAAAAAUACAAUGAUGUAUUCUUUCAGUGAAAUAUCCUAUCUUCAAUAUUUAAUAUACUUUCCCUCCGUGUGGCAUGACCGUGGGACGCUAUGUAUAAAGGUACUCACUUAUGGCCAUCUUGAGGCCGGUUUUGGCGGCAGAAACCAUAUAAAGGCAUUCGUUACUGACUUAUACUUUUUAGGGGGAUCUUUUACUCUGGUGGGAUGGGGGGUUGAUCUUAAGUGGCCCGGGGCGCCAGAUUUGCAAAUAGUUGAGGGUAAAUACGCUGAUUGUAUCGAGGUAAUAUACAAUAUACUCGUGCCCUUUAACUUCUAAAUGUAAUAUUUCUUCGGACCACGGCUUCGUGGACCACUUAUUUAUUUAAUAAUUCGGGUGCUUCCAAGGGCCGCAGGUUAAGAACCACUGAUUUAGGCAGUUGAAUCUAGCGUCAGACUAGUUCAGACGCAUGCGGGUGGCUAAGUAUCUAUUAUACGAUAUAUUAAUUAUUUAUAGUAAAAUGGCGUGGCGCGAUGAAAUGGUGCUGGAAUUUCGAUAUAAUUAUGAAGUUUUUAGAUUUUGAUAAAUGCAUUAUGUAAUCGUUAGCUCACACUGUUGUCGUCCAUAGUUGGAAGUCUGGAAAUGAUUGCGGCCAUCUUGGAUUAAUGCAAGAUAGUUCGUGCAUAAUAAAGAAGCUGCCAAUAUGACCACAGACUUUAUCGAUAUAUAUAUAUAACUUUUUAGCGUCAAAACGUACGAAGCUUUGGCACGCAUUACUUCGACGAUACAUGCAGGUGCGGACGAAACAUAAAGAUUCUAAUGCCAUGGAACAAUAUAUUGGCGAAAUAUUUCGUCCAUGGCUAAGGAAAGGUUUUAAAAACUUCAAAACACAAUUUUGACAUGUACUUUUCAGUGUUUUUCGCUGAAAGUUUUUGUAGGAUUUUAUUCCUGUUUUUUAUUUUGUAAUAACUUAUCCAUCGGAAAUCUGUGUAAAAUUAAAAAUGCCCCUUGUAGAUUUAACAAAUCCUGAUGUUAUAAAGUUCUUCAUCGAGAAUUACGACAAAACAACACGUCUUCGUAUGAAAUGGAAUCGUUUGCAUUCUGAUAAAUUGCAACAGGCGGCUACUAUUCAACGACCCGAAAAAGGUUACUAUGAAAAAGAUGUUUUAAAAGAGACAAUGAUCGCUGGAAUGUCAACAAUCACGAGAGAUCACAAAGUAGCUAGAUUUAAUAGGAGGCGGCUGCAGAUUCGAGACAGUGUCCACAUUCCAGGAAUCGCUGACAUGAAAAAAGGAAAUUCUAUUACUGACGUUGGCCUCGGAAGUUCAGACGAUGAUCCCAGACUCGGCCGACCCGACACUGAUUUGUCGGUAGACCCCGUAAUGCGCCCAGUGAACCCCAACGAGAAACGAAUAAUUUACGGCGAUAUUCCUUUUAAGGGCAGAGUCGUGUAUUUGAACAGUAGAAAACGCACUUUGCCUGAGAAGAGGUACUACUUCAGAGAGUGUAGCGCCUGGGAAUAUGGGUGGAGGUUAAAUGACAGCUAUUUUAAAAGGAACGCACCGACUCAUGGCCGAGUGUGGCGGUUGACACGCGACGUAAACUGCCGCACCGGACCCCAUCCAGACCCUAAACAUUACAAAGACUCGGACUUACCCACGAGUACUAAAUGUAUUAUCUAAACAGUGUUUUUAUGUUUAAUGCGUUUAAUUUACCUAUUUUAUAUAAAGUUUUAAUAAACUUUGUAUUAUUCAUGUUUUUAUUUUUUCAUUUAUACUUAUUUGUAGUUUCUUUGAAAAUUUAAUAAAUAAAGUAAAAAUAAAGUGAUGUUUUCUUUU